GUUGACUUGCCUCGCCCGUGUCGCCACAGAGGCCGCUGCCCCUGUGUGCCCUCUUCUUGUUCUCAACAACGACGGCAGCCACGCCCCUCGCCCUCGUCCUCUUUCUCCUCCCACCACCCCGCCGCUAGCAAGCCUCGCUGGCGUCCUUACUCUACUCCGUUGGUUUAAGCCCGCCGCAGCCUACUCUACGUUCCCCUAGUCUCCCGUACCCUAUACCAUGAGCUUUCUCACUUCUUCCCAGCGGAACUACGACGGCCUUUCCCACUCGGACGUCGCGCAGCUCCCGCCCAUCCACAGCUCUGUGUCACGCAUCCCCAUGCAUCCGCUCUCGUCGUUCGACAACCUCCCGCCGGUCACCCAGCUGCCCCCGCUGGCGUCCGCACCCCCGACCCCGAGCAACGCUGUGCCUCCGUCGCCCGUCCAGGAUCGACCGGUCACCCUGCCCAGGCUCGGGCAGACACGCUGCUACUGGUGCCUCCUCACCCCAGACCUACAGUUCAUCUAUCUCGAUCCCGUUCUCGCCCAUCACCUGGGAGAACAGGCAGACCUGCUCAUCAGCAAGUCGCUUCUGACCUACGUCCACCCAGACGAGCAGGCCUCCGCAAAGCUUGACUUGGGGAGUGUGUUGGAGAGUCGGACACUGCAUGGGAGCGUCACCCGAGUACGCUAUUCUCGCCUCUCGCGUGUACGCAGGCUGCUGGGCUACCAAGGGCCCACCAAUGAGUUUGCAGAUGCGGAUAAGGUCUCCGUCGAUACGAGCUACAUGGCCGUGGAUCUGGUCAUCAACUGGGCGUCCGACGGACUAGUGCUGUGCUUCAUGCAUGCGGUAGUCGACCUCUCGCCUCGCGAUAACGACGAGCACAACAAGACAUCCUGGACUAACUGGUGCGGCACGCCCUACAUGAACACUGAGCAGGUACAGAUUUUAUAUCAACGCCUGCUCGCUGUCGUGCCGCAGCCGCUCUCCAUGAGCCGGGUGUUUCAGAUCCUCCUGAACCAGCCGGAACGCUCGUUGUACAUGAGUUGGCCUCCGGAACACCAGGAACCGGGCGGACCGACAUCCAAGGACUUCGCGCGGCUAGCGCAGGACGUUCAAAUAAGUAACGCCGUCUCGAGUGGGACGGAUGCUAAGACAAGCUGUACCAGACGGUACAAGGCACACCAAACAAUGCACUUUGGAGCGGACAAUAGCAAGGAAGUCGAGAGCAUCUUCAUCCCGCAUGGCUCCAUCAUCUUCGCUUGCCACAAAGUACACCCGAGCACUCGCGACCUCAAUCCUAAUGACGCAGCAUCCCAGUCUCAGCAUUAUGCCAACCACCCGUACCAAGACCCGGCUCAUCCCGCAUACAACCUGCCACCCGUGCUCUCUCAAUAUCCUAGUAAUAUGUCUUCCGCGCACUAUCCGCCUCAACACUAUGCACCCAACAAUUGGUCGCACGCGCCCGAGUCGCCAAGCUCGCAAGGCCACUACCAGUGGAACCCUCAAGGCAGCGCACUCUCGUCGGGGCCUUCGGUCAGCAGUAUGCGCUCUUCGUCCUAUCAACAACCUCCGCCCGCCCCCCAGCAUCAGUGGCCAUCUCAGCCACCAUACUUAGAUGCACAUGCUGGGGCGUCGUCUUACAGCCCGCAAGGGACGCCCUCCGGAUCGUCGUUUUCGGCACCGCCUCCACAUGACGAGGCCCCUCCUUCCCCAGGUAGCGACUAUGUGCCUCCCUCGAGGGUGACUCACAGGCGAGGAUCGAACAACUCGAGGGAGCAGUAUGGGAACGGUGGACGUAGCACAGGGAACCCACCCGUGGGCGUCCCGCGGUGCUCCAGCUGCAAGGUGACUCAGAGCCCGGAGUGGCGGAAAGGCCCCAGCGGCAAGAAGGACCUCUGCAAUGCAUGUGGCCUGAGGUAUGCACGAUCACGCGCGAAGAAGGAAGGCGGGCCCUCGCAGCAGUCACGCCGCCGCAAGGAUCGGGUCUUCAAUUCGAUGCAGAAGGACCACUCCCCGUCCGGGUCACCGGGCCCGUCCGGCUACCAGCCCAUCCCUCGGCGCGGAAGCUACUACGACGAUGCGUCGUUCGGCUCGGCGUCGUCGAACGGCUCGCCUGGCGCGCCUGACUUGUACGCCCCGUCGGCGCACGCUGGCCCGAACUUCAAGGGUCUGUCGCCCUCGCCCUCGCCGACGCCAGGCGCGGGCAUGCAGCACCACCCGCAUCAGCCGUACAUGCCCUAUUCGCACCCCCAUCAAGGCCCGCCGCAUCCCCACUUGCACGCGCCGCAAAAUACGCACCCAGACGCGCCUGGCCGCUACCCGAACAGCUUCUAUUCAGUGCCGCCGCCUGCACCACCGCACCCCCACUCGCACCAGCAGUCGACGUUGCAUCACAUGUCGAGCCACAGCAGUCUUCACAGUAAUGGAAGCUACUCGCAGCCUCUCGCGGGCCCCGGCCAGCCGCCCCGUCUCGACCCUAUCGUACCUGUGCCAUAUGGCGCAGGCGGAAGGAUGUCACCGUCGCCCAUAGGUGGUUCGCCGCUGAGCACCAGCUUCUCUAGCGCGAGCUACGAACGCGAGAGGCCGUUCAAGAUGCAGGAUGACCGUGAGGGCAUGCCCCCGAGCCCAGUCAGCGUAGACCCGAGGAAUCGGAGGUCGCCGUACAAAGAGUGAAGGUGAAGGUUGCAGGCUCGGUAGCGAAGUGCCCUUCGCGCAAAGUAUGACAUUGUCGUUUCCUCAAUCGCAGACGGACCUCGCUCGUGCAAAAAGGCUCUCGCAUUGUUCUUCCGUGAUAUUUAUCCUCGAGCAACUCCCCUCCAUUUCUCCCUCGUACGUGUACUUUCGCGGCGCGCGCGAAGCUCGCAGUCGCCCGUCGCGCCAGACUCUUUUAGUUUGCUAUGUAUUCUACCGUGGUCCAGUUAGAUAUUGAUACAUUCGGGUCCGCGCGCUCAGCUGCGUGGACUCGGGGUGUUUGUUGGGA